UUUGGCCAAGCCUCGCGCUCUUAGACCCGUGUAACCGGGGGUUCGGAGUCAGAGUAGACUAGAAGCGAGACGGAAGGAUUUUACAGUUUCCACUGUCCAGGAGCGAACAGACAGACAGGGAGACAGAGAUCUGGAUCUGAGUGUCGGACAAACCCUCUGCGUCCCUGAGAACAACUGAAGCCGACAUGGUGGAAAUACAAGCAGCAGCUCUAUUCCUCAUUACUUUCUGUCUCUCCACGCACCCUGCCUCAGGCUCCUCCUACCCCCGAGCACAGAAUGUCACUUGGGUAUCCACCAACUUUAAAACCAUUUUGACCUGGGAGCCCAGACCAUCAGCUGAUUACUCCUACACAGUGGAGUUCUACGCGACUAACGGGGACAGACAGAGGAACCCCCACUGCAUCCGCUCCUCAGUGACAGUGUGUGAUCUGACCAGCUCAUUAACAGACCUGAACGCCUACUACACAGCUGACGUCCUGUCUGAACCCCCGCUGGGGGCCAUCUCGGAGCUCAUCGAGUUCCCCCACACCAGCUCACCGCGAUUCAGCCCCUACAAAGACACUGAUAUAGACAGACCUGACUUCAAGCUGGAGGUAAGCGAAGACAGAAAGAAGACCACCCUGUAUGUGACCGACCCGCUCACCGCCUUGUUCAAAGACGGCCGCCAGCUGAACAUCAGGGACGUCUUCUCCGAUCAGCUGCAGUACAAAGUCACCUAUGGGAAAAAUAAGAGCUCCGGCAAGAAAGUGUACACCUCUAAGACCAAUGUGAUAGAGCUGAGUGAUCUGGACCGAGGGCAGAGCUACUGCUUCAACGUCCAGGCUUACAUCCCCAGCCGCAGCAGCAUGGACAAGCAGCUGGGAAAGAUGAGCCAGACGCAGUGCUCCAACUACGACAACCAGUCCAUCUUCGAAGUGUAUUCGGUGGGCGUAGUCGCUGCGGCCAUCUUCCUCGUUGUGCUGAUAGGCAUCGCCAUCGCCGUCACCGUGGUCUGCUGCAAUCGCAGGAAGAAAGCUCGGAAGAGUGGGAAAGAAGUAAUGCCACUACACGAUGUAUAGACACACACACACACACACACACACACACACACACACACACACACACACACAGACAGUUGAACUGGACUCAGGCCCACAAGGAGAGCAGGAGGCCUGGGUUGUGUCCGAAAUUCCAUACCAACAUGCUAUUUAGUCGGCUAAAACCGUAUGUGAGAUUUUUUUUUAGUAUGUCCAACAUUUUAGUGUGAAACCAAUGGGACGUGAACUGCUAACUCUUUCCAGUAAAAUAUAACAGUAUGUUGGUCUAUAUCAGAGAAUGGUUUCAGUUCCACUCUGGUUCCAUAUGAGGGCGCUUAAGGGGCAAGAGCAGUAUUAAUAGAGGUCUAUGGAGCUGUACCCCUCCAAAUCCACUUUUCUCACAAUAUCCUUAUUUGUCUAGUAAUUUGUUGCAUUCAAAAGUGGAGGCUAAGAAAAUACACACUGCUGGGUGUUAGAUUUGCAUUCAUUAGCAGAAUGCUAGCGCGUUAUGGGCAACAACAACUCAGCCUGUAUAAAUUGAGUAUACAUAUUGAGGAUGUAGUGCAGAGGAUGAGAUUUCGGACGCAACCCAGUUCUAGUCCAACAUUCCUCAGCCAAACACUGGAAUCAAAUGCUUUUAGUUUCUGUGAAACUGCCUCUGAAUAUCAGAAUAUUCUUCUUCUUUUUUUUAUCAUUUCAUGCUGCAGAAAAAGAGACUUAAGGAAAACACUGUUUUACCACAACUGCUGUACACACUAGUCAUGUUUCUGAAGCUGUAAUAUGCCACACUUUGUCUUUUUAUAUAUUCGAUGAGUGGUACCUCCUCUGACUGUAGAUAAUCACUACCAUUUAUUUAUUUAUUUCAUUUUAUAGUAUUAUUACUUGAAAUUAUUUGAUUUUUUUGGGAGACUGCUAAAUCAACACCCUAGUAUAUAUUAUUUUUGUAACUGAUGCUUAAUUUAUUGUGUUUGAGAUUAACAUCUUUGUAGGAUGUAUGAUGUCAUGAUUUAGCUAUUUUAUACUUCAGAUUGUUGCAGAUCAUUUUAUGUGGUAAAAUGUUGAAGAAAUAAAUAUUUUACAGAACACGA